AAGCUAAGACAAAAGUAGGCAGCUGAGUUCGGGGAUGGGGAUUCCCUAUGGCUAACCUUCAGUCUAGGCCUACGAUUAGUGGAGAUAGUAUAGUUUAUAAGCAUUAUUAUCUAUUUGUACGAUUACACGUAUUCAUUGUUGUACCAUAGAGUACUGAAAUAGGACCUGUGUGGUGUUGUAGUACUGAAGAAUUACAAUUUCUUAUUAAUUAAGGUUAAAGUUGAAGAAACAGAUGAUCUGAGUUGUUGUACAGGCAUCAUGUGGCAGAGACAGUCGUUAUUUCCGGUUGUUACGCCACAUAACACAGUACGGUGUGUAUGAUGAAUCUGUGUAUUUUGUCUGUGGAUUGAGCACAAACAUGGAAAAAACUCCACUUCUUGUAGAUUUCGACGAUCACAAUUCUGCUGAAGUUCGUCAGCCAAAAAGUCAGUUUAAAAAUGGAGGUGCGGAUUUUAUUAAGAGGCUGGCCCAACAGGACGGUGAUGGGAAAAUAGAUUCUAACGGAGCAUCUGUUAGCGAUGUGCGAGACUUCACUGAAGGGAGUGCUAAUAUUGUUGCUAUAUUCGUGGUGGCUUUCGACACACGUUCAGGCAAUGUGGUUGAGUGGAGUAUUCCAGAAGAUAUUGAUUUAGAAGGUGUAGAGUUUAAAGCAAUGGCAAGUGGUUCACAUACGAUCAAUUCAGAUUUCAUAUUCUUCAAGAAAGAUAACUAUUAUGGUCUAAGUUGUUAUGAGAAGAUGACUGUGGACAGUUUAGAAGAGCGAGGAGCAAGGAUGAAGUCUGUUGGUAUCCUAGCAACAUCAUACACCACAUUAUAUAGGCACAUGCAGUUUCUUGAAAAUCAAGUCAGACACCAACUAGAGACACCAGAACGUUAUGAACAGCUAAAAGCCUUCUAUGCAGACCACAGAGGGUCGCUACCCAGCUCUAGGAGCUUAUCGUACACAUCAUUAGGCAACACGCCUAACGCAUCCCCUUCCUCAUCUGAACUCUUACCUGAAAUGAAGAUAACUCAUCCUGCAGGUUGUUUUGCCCAGUUCAUCAAUUUCUUUGGUGAGCAUAUAUUCACGAUCUGGAAGUUUGUCCUCUUACGGAAACGGAUUAUAUUCUUUUCACCACCACCUAUUGGAGUUGUUUGUUACAGAGUGUACUGUGCAAGUGUUUUAGGAAAUCAUACAGUUCGAAUGGAGAAUGAGGUGGAGGUGAAACCUCAGUUUUAUAUCAAUGUUGCAGACAUCGAGAAUUUAGAAUCAGAUUUGUCCUAUGUAGCAUGUACAACUGAGAAGAUCUUUCUUGAAAAGAAAGAUCUCUAUGAUGUUUAUGUAGAUAAUCAAAAUCUAGUUGUGCAAUCAAACACAUUGAAAGAUAUGUUGAAAAUAUGUCCUACUGAUAAGGAGAAGUUUAAUCAACUGAACAACCAGCGUAGCGCUCAGCUUUUCCGAGCGCAAGAACUAGGUGAGGAUGCAAUGCAAGAUGACCAAGUAUUUGCUACGUUCUUCCUUGAGAUGAACAACCAUAUAUUCCAGACACUGCUAGAUAUUUCAAUCACGCAAGACAAAUCGUUGACCUCUGAUCACAUGAAAUCUAUGGGCUUGGAUCCCAUUGGUGACCGUCAGUUUAUCAUGGACUUACUUGAACUUUACGGAAUUGAUGUGUUGCUUAUAUUGGAUAACCCAUGUUGUCCGACAUAAAUGCUAAAGAUUAAAGUCAUAGCAGGCAAAUGAUGGUGAUCAAGUGCUUGCUAUGUCUGCCGAUUAUAAUUCGUAUGUCAGCCUAAUGGUGCUAAUUGAAGUGAACUCAUAUAUCAAGGUUGUGCCAGACAAUGCAUUAUCAGUACAACUGUCUAAGGAGCUGCUCAAUUAUGGGAUACAAAUUGUCUUGAUUGUUGCUCCACUGUGAUGGACUAAUUAACCAAGCUGCUUGAUUGAUUGUAAACAUGGUGAUGUCACUCGCUCAUCGUAAAAUGAAACAGUGUAUUAAGAGAAUUGGAACGACAGCAAGCAAAGUGAUACAACAUGAUCUAGAAAAACUAAAAUGCAGUACAACAUUUUUAUUAUUUCACAUAUUGAUUGCCCAAGUUGGUAUUUGGUAUAUCCUUGAUAUUUUUGUGUAACAUAACACACGUUGAACUAUUUUUUUUUUAAUGUGUUGCUAUUGUAUGAUUUAGUCAUUUGGGUUAGAGCACGUACCACUUGGUUAUAUCUCAUAUUCAGUUUCAUAUUGUUUUUUGCCUGUCAUGUUGCUGAUUGCAAUUUAAGAAACUAGCCUAUCAUCUACAACCUUGAUGCUUGAGCGUAAUAGAAUAAUAUAGACCUAAUUUUUUUGUUAAAAUAUGUUAGCGGAAAAGAUUGCUACCAUGUUAGCAGAACAACACAAGGAGUUUAUCUUAGGCUUUCUAUGAACAGGACCAAAUUUUUUUUGGAGCCUUAUAAUACUUAAUCUUCUUCUUGAGGGAAGUAUUAGGGGCAUCACUAGAGGCAUGUGUUUGAUAUUAGGUCAAUUCAUGCCACAAAACUUAGGGUCAGUGUAGAUUAAUGCAAAUGAAAUAUGUGCAGUGGAAUAAAUGGAGUCCCAUUUUUGGAUUAUUACAUAAAGUGCAAUCUGUUGUAGAAGCUCUUUUACAUUUGCUGGUGCAAAUGUACUGCGCAAUGGUGCUUGUGUCUGCAAUAGUUCAGGUGGCAGGAAAAAUAUUGGUGGUGGGUGGUAGGAUGUCUUUGUAGCAGAAGGGGUAUAGCAUAAGGGUAGUGUAAUGUUAUAGAUAUUUAGUAAAUAUUAACUUAGCAUAUGACAGAAAGUGUGGUAUUGGCAGUGAGAAUAAUGAUGUACUGUAAUUAAGAUUAUAACUUUAAUUCUUGUGGCAGGAAGGUCAUGUCUUAUGCUGAAGAGAGAAUUAUUAUAUAACUGGAAAAGUUUUGUUGUGUUUAUUCCUUAUUUGCCAAAAAAAUCAAGUACUGUACAAUCAUAUGGUGGUACGUUUUUUGGCAAAUAAAGAAUAGGAAAAAAGAACAACAAACCUUUUCCUUUUUUUGUUGUAGCUGAAGGGUCUCAAUUUGAUUUAUAUAAUUGACUGUCUUAUGUUGAGCUCCAUUAAUAACAUCACCUUCUUCCAUGUAUUAUCAUCUGGUGAAUACACCUCAAUCAUGCAUGCAUAAUUAAUUAAUACAAAAUUUAUAAUAAAAUCAUGUAAAAUAUUUAUCAAGUAAAAUAAAACAAUUGUAAUUAAAUCUAUAUUUUUUAUUUAUGAUGCUCAUAUGAAAAAAACAUUAAAAGACUUUUUCUUUGAAUACUUUAAAAAAUUUCAUAAAGGAUUAAAUUCUUCAGACAAUUUCAUAAAAUAAUUUUAGAUCUGUAUACACUAAUUUUGAUUCUAACAAAGUAUGUUUGGGAUUAAAGUAUUGUUUUUAUGGAAAUAUAAUGUAAAUAUAGUACAAACAAAUAUGUUUGGGAAUUAAGUAUUAGUUUUUUAUGGAAAUGUAAUGAAAAUAAAUUACGUAUAUUAAUACAUCCAACAAACAGACUGCCUUCUUUUAAUAUAUAAUUACUGUAUAAGUCUACUUAAAAUCCAUUUCUUAUUUUUUCUUUAUUUGAGGUCCAAAUCUCAACACAUACAUCUCACACAAUUGUAUGCACCAUGUAACUGAGGAUUUCUGUAGUUUGACAGAAUCCCCCUCCUAGGGUGAUCCUCCACUUGAUAAACCAAUCUUUGCUACCAUCAAAAACUAUCAAAAUUAUAAUCAAAUUCACUAUUUCCACGGUAGAAUGCUUCACAGCUUCAGGGGAUUUGUCUCUUCCUCUCUGAACCAAACAGGGCAUCUUUUGAACCCAAUUUCUAAUAGAAAGUACAGUAAUAUUUUUUUCUUGAUUAGUAUUGUGUGAGUGCAUAUUUGUCUGAAUGGCAAAAUAAAAAACUUUUUAAAUAAUAAUAAUAAUAAUAAUAAUAAUGCUUGGUCUUUAUAUCUGAAUGUUAUUCCAAAUUUUUUCAUACGGGGCAUAAAGUCUAAAUAUCCUUUCCACCUUUUUCAUUUUACUGUUGAUAAGUAAUACCACAAUUAUGUCACUAUAUUUACAAUACUUAUUAACUUACUAGUAUUUUGUGGCAUUAUUAGCUAACUCUUAUAUUUGAUUAUUUUUUACUCUAUGUACUUUUUAAUAUUCUGGUGCUGAUAAACAUAUAUUUUUCCAUUAAUACUUGAUGUUUUUCAGGUUUAAGCAUGACCAAAAUGUCAGAAUUCCAAUGAUUAAUAUUUUAUAUAUAGAUGAAAAAUGUUCUGUUGGAGUCCUUUCCAAUAACAAGUGGAUUACUGUAUACUAUAUAUUUAGUCAGAGUCAUGAAUGGUCUCAGUAGCAUGAAUAAAUGUGUACAAUAAAGAUCUGUAUUGUAGGUAAACUGUGAAUUGAGCAUGCACCACUUCAAUCAUGAUCCUUGAAGCAAGGAUUUAGAUAAAUCAAGACUAACUAGUUUAAGGCACACUUUGUUUAUUUGUAGUUAAAUAUUUUAUUUCCCUUUAUUUUUUUAUUUUUUUAAAAUUUAUUUUUUUUUUCAUUUUUAUUUUUUAUUUUUUUUAUUGUUUUUUUUUUUUUGUUUUCCUUUUCUUUUUUGGUAUCCCUUUCCAGAUUUUUCCAGGUCCGAGUAAGAACUGAAUUAGAUGCAGGGGUGGCGCCAGCAAGGGGUGGAAGGCCAGGGGCCCCUGUUGGGGAGAAAAAGGACAAUUCGUCGGGGACCAAAAAAAUUAUAUGUAUUUUUAUUUCAUAAAAUAAUUUUAGAUCUGUAUACACUAAUUUUGAUUCUAACGAAGUAUGUUUGGGAUUAAAGUAUUGUUUUUAUGGAAAUAUAAUGUAUAUAUAGUACAUCGAUUAAAUAAGCCUUUGAAACACCUAAAUUGUCAAAAUGUUUGCCCCUUCAUGACCUUUUAUCAAAGCUCCACCACGCCCACUUUACUUUCGUCGGGGAAAUUUGCAAAAUUUUCCUGGUGCCACCCCUGUUUACCGGAUUUACUUGAUCUAUUCAGCAGCUUUUGCUAGUAGGUCAGUGUGUACUAAAAUUCCAUCCUGUAAAAUAUUGGUGCCGGUGAGAUGUGGCGGCUCUAGGAUAUAUUUUUUUUGGGGCUGAGCUCGUAGGCUCAAGCUGGGGGAAGGGUUUGAGAGAGUUCCCCCCCCCAAAAUGAGAUUUUUUUUAAGAAU